AUGAAUAAAAAUAUUGAACAAGAUCAAUCACCAUUUGCAAUACCAUCAAAUGUCCAAUUGUUUGGAUUUUAUCAAUGGAAUGAAGCUAAAAGACGCAGCAAAAAAGAAAAACAACCUGGCAAGACUAUUACUGACAUUGAUCCUGGCUACUUCACUGAUCUUGCUGGUCGUCCUAUCCGUGAAAAGUUUUCAAGGCGAAGAUAUGUCGAGCAAGUGAACAAAGUAAUGAAGACUAAGCUUCUUGCGGGUUAUAACAGAGAUCACUGUAUAAGAAUUGAUCAGCAGUUUGAUCAAGAGAAGAAUAAAUUCAAUGAUAUUGAAGAUCGCUAUCGAGAGUACAGUAGCGCAUUUGAAGAAUAUUUGUCUCACGACCAUGAAGAAAGUAUGAAGGUGUUGGAAGAAGCCGAUCAGGAAACUCGAAAUAGCAGCAAGAUGAUCUCAAAACGCGACAGAUUGUUGAAAGAAUUUGGACAAGUUAGGUUGGAUGUGUAUCAGUGGCGAGAAAUGUGGCGAGAUGCCAAAAUGUGUCAUGAGUUUGUCCGUAAAAUUUUUUCUCCCCCUGAAUUCAAUGCUUCUGUUUAUAAAGAUGAUAAAUCAAUGCAUUCUGAGGGUGAAUCAAUUGUUGAUGAGGACCCGGCUGCCAAGUCUUCAUUGGAGUGUCUCGUAGAAACAUUCGAGAAGGAGAUCAGCGAUAGCAAUCUUGGCCCUGGAGAAAUAUCAGUUGAGUGUCCUCUGGAGUUGUCACGGAUUUUUUCUGAAAUUGAAUCACGGAAUCUCGACGCGCUUAUUCAUCUAGAGUCGCUGGCGAAGCCUAUGGAGGAGCUAACGACUGGCGUUGCUAAAACUGAAGAAGAUAUCAAGAAAGAAAUUGGGAUUAUUGAAGAAAACAUUCAGGACCUUGAA